AUGUCUUCCCAAGGCGCCAAAUCUGUCAUGUCUAACGACAUGAAAGAGCUCGGCGAAGGGAAGGAACACACUUCCAACGAGAUUAGAGGUCAUAAAGCCAAUCUUGCGAAUCCGAACACAAGCGAGGAGUCCAAGGAACACAGCAAAAAGGUGAUUGAGCAGUUGGGAGGCAGCGAGACGCAGGAGGCAAUUAGGAAUAAACCUGUUAGUAAGAGUGCGGCCGAGGAGUUGUAUGGGAGUCGGGCUGCUGCUGGCUGA